AAAAAAAAAAAAAAGAAAAGUGGUUUUGGGGCCGAGGACCAACUCUACAGAUGAUAAUUGUCGAUUCAAGAUUUCAAAAACUUGGUGUCAGCAAUUGGGGCCCUUUUUGUGUGAGGAUGUUAGCAUGCGGACGUUGAAUUUCACAGAUUUGGACUGGAGUGGUGAUUUCAAUUCAAGAAUUGAUUUUGCGAGGGAAUGGGGUCGAAAAAUUGCAUGAAUGAGGUUUGCCGAGCAACAACGUCAUCUGACUGGAAAAAAGGUUGGAGCUUGAAAUCAGGUGGACUAGCUUGGCUUUGUUACAAUUGCGGAUCUGCCUAUGAGAAUUCUAUUUUCUGUGAAACAUUCCACUCGGAGGACUCUGGUUGGCGGCCAUGCAGAGUAUGUGGAAAGAUGGUUCACUGUGGAUGCAUUGCUUCAAGGCAUCUACAUGAGUACAUGGAUUUUGGGGGUGUUGCUUGCAUAAGCUGUGCAAAGCGUUUGGAGAUCCAUGCAAUGGAAACAAUGAUCCCUAGUGAUAUUCUUAAUGGCAAAUUUGACUCGCUGAUUAUAAAAGCAAUGGAUGGCGAAUUAGACGAUGACAAAUUCAGCACAGAGAGGCCUAGUGAUAUUCUUAAUGGCAAAUUUGACUCGCUGAUUAUAAAAGCAAUGGAUGGCGAAUUAGACGAUGACAAAUACAGCACAGAGAGGCCCCUGCAGUUGACCAAGUCCAUAGGGGUCAACAACAUAGCCUCAGCAUUCGAGCAGAUCAAACGAGAUGAACCGUCCGUUGUAAAAACGCCCGAGAUCGGGAGAAACUUAGCAAGUGCCUCUUCGUCUGUUUUCGUUAAACCAGACAAUAUGGGACCAAGACAUGGCCUUAAUAAGGACAUGCCAGAAUCUCUGAGUCAGCCUUGUCUGAGUUUCUCCUUGUCAGCAAACCCUCCUUUAGCUGGCUCGAGCAGUUUAUCACCACAUUUUGCUGGUGGGAUUGUCGAUGGGAGUGAUCAGAACAAAGGUUCUUUACAAAAGACACGCCAUGUUCUUGCAAAGCCGCCAAAACCUAGUCCAAUGGCAGGCUCUGAGACGAGUCGAGCUGGUGGUUCUCAGGUUCGGGUCCCGAGGCCUCCGGCAGAAGGGCGGGGCCGUAGCCAGCUGCUGCCUCGUUAUUGGCCGAGGAUCACGGAUCAAGAGUUGCAGCAGUUAUCUGGAGAGUAUCCUCGAAAAAAAAUUAUUAUUGCUAGUGGUUUUGAAUUUGAUAUGUCUGCGUUCUAUGAAUAUUAUUUCCCUGCCUUUGGUUUGAACUCCACUAUUGUGCCGUUAUUUGAGAAGAUUCUGAGUGCGAGUGAUGCUGGCAGGAUUGGCCGUCUGGUCCUUCCGAAAGCCUGUGCUGAAGCAUACUUCCCUACUAUAAAUCAAUCAGAAGGUAUACCUAUAAAGAUUCAGGACAUUAAGGGAAAAGAGUGGACAUUUCAGUUCCGGUUUUGGCCGAACAACAAUAGCAGGAUGUAUGUUUUGGAGGGUGUAACACCAUGCAUCCAAAGUAUGCAAGUACAAGCUGGUGAUACAGUGAUAUUUAGUAGGAGAGAUCCUGGGGGUCAACUUGUCAUAGGCUGUCGCAAAACAGUAACCAAUACUGAUGUCCAGGAACCUCAAACUCCAGCAAUUCCAAAUUCCGAACCUCCAGGGGACACAUCAUCAUCAGGCGGCAAUGAUAAUCUGCCAGCAAAUGGAGGCAGAGGAUCUGAAGAUACUCGGCAGAUGCAAUUAAGCAGCGUGUUGGAGAAGAAAAAACCGAGAAAUAUUAAGAACAAGAGGCUUCACAUGUACAAUGAUGAUGCUCUCGAGCUUAGGAUUACUUGGGAAGAAGCACAAGAGUUGUUGCGUCCUCCUCCAUCUUCCGAGCCAACUGUUUUCAUGGUCGAGGACUAUGAGUUUGAAGAGUUUGAAGAACCCCCGGUUUUUGGGAAGAGGACGAUUUUCAUAUCUCAACCUUCCGGUGAGCUGGCACAACUGGUUCAAUGUGAUGGUUGUUCGAAAUGGCGUAAGCUGCCAGUUCAAGCUCUUAUUUCUGCAAAUUGGAUGUGUGCAGAAAAUAUCUGGGACACUAACAGGUCUUCCUGUUCUGCUCCAGAAGAGAUGAACCAAAGGGACCCAAAUUUUUUCUCUAGACCUAACAAAGAUCACAAGAAGCAAAAAACUAGCGACAGCAAAUCGGGCUCCCGUGAAGGCGAGCCCUCGUCUGGCCUAGACGCACUUGCAAAUGCUGCAGUCUUAGGAGAUAACAUAACCGAGCUCACGACUGGGCCCACCACAAGGCAUCCACGUCAUCGACCCGGCUGCUCGUGUAUCGUUUGCAUUCAGCCUCCGAGCGGUAAGGGAAGGCACGACCCCACUUGCAAGUGCAAUGUCUGCCUAACCGUCAAACGCCGCUUCAAAACCCUCAUGCUCCGCAAGAAAAAACGACAGUCUGAUCGCGAAGCCGAGCUCGCCCUAGAUAAUAAUAAUAAUAAUAAUAAUAAUAAUAAUAAUAAUAAUAAUAAUAAUAAUAAUAAUAAUAAUAAUGAGGGGAAAAAGCAAGUGGAUAAUAAUAUUAUGGAAGAUGUGAGUAAAGCUCGGUUGGACUUGAACAGUGAUCCGCAUCGUGAGGAUGAGAUUUUGGCGGGAACUUCUGGGAUGAGCCUAACGACGUUGAUCAACACAGCUGCUGCUGCUUACCCGCUGGAUAUGUAUUUGGGCCAGAACGGGCUCCAAAGACUUGGACCGGGCCUUUCUUUGAUCUCUCGGGCUUCGAGUGGAGGUUUUGGUGGAGUUNUAAAUCUAUAG